CUGGUCCUGGGCGGGGCCGGGGCUGCGCAGUCAUGAUCACUGCCAAGGCCUCGGUGGACUCCGCUGUCCCGUCGGUGCCCGGUGCUGCGGUGGCUACCGGUGUCCCGGAGCGCGAGGAGCCAGCGUGGCCCUGGAAAGAUGCCCCGAUCCGGACGCUGGUGCAGCGCAUCCACCAGUUGCAGGCUGAGCGCGCGCAGGCCUUCCGCCGGCUGGAGGAAGGCCACCUCCAGUACCAGCGAAGCGGUCCUCCCUACGACUUCCCGAGCUACCGGAGUACGGUGCACGAGGUGACCCAGGCCUUCGCCGCCGCCUCGCGGGAGGUGCUGGCGGUGGAGGCCGAGCUGGCCGGACCCAGAGGGCAGCCGCUGCUCGCGAGCCAUGUGCGCAGCCUACAACAGCUGGAGCAGACGCGCCUGGCCACGGUGGCUCUGCUGCAGCUGAUGGGGGCACCAGAGCUGUCUGAGCAGGAGAACACUCUGGAGAUGCGCCAGCUGAAGAUGAAGGUAAUUAAAACCAUGGAAGCGAUCAGCGAGGUUCUUCAGGACCUUAGAUUUGAUGCAGAAUCUGUUGAGUGAUGGAGGCUCCCUAGGGACACGCCGAGGGAUACGGAAAAUGGGGUGAAUGGCACCCAGCCCACCCCUGGACUGUCAGCUGGCUGGGGGUCACACGCCACCGGGUUGCUGACUGCCCUUGAGUUUGCUGUGACUCCCACAAUAAAGGACCUUUCAUUUUCAGCUGC